AAACAAAAUCUGACUGUCAGUGUGAAUCGUUUUAACGAAUGAAAGAGCAGCAGGGUUUCAGAUGUCACUGAGUUUGGCUGCUCGGUGGAUUAGUUUGGAGCUCCGCCUCCGGACUGAGCGGGCUUUAAAGCGCUCUCCGCUGACGGACGGACUGACGGACUGAAGCCCGAGCAGCGCGGCAUCAUGCCAACAGCGCGGCCCGACACACUGCGCGUCUUCUCUCUCAACUGCUGGGGAAUUCGAUUCUUCAGUCAACUCUGUACACAGCGGUAUGAGAUGAUCGGAGAAUUACUGGGCCGAGAGCAGCACGACAUCGCCCUGUUACAGGAAGUGUGGAGUGAAAGAGAUUUCCUUUUCCUGAAGAGAAAGCUGUCCUCCUCUCAUCCUUACACUCACUAUUUCAAGAGUGGAGUCAUUGGCAGUGGGCUUGCUGUGUUCUCCAAACACAGGAUCCAGGACGCUCUGCUCUACCAGUACUCUCUCAAUGGCUACCCAUAUAUGCUGCACCAUGGCGACUGGUUUGGAGGCAAAGCAGUUGGGUUGGUCAUUGUAGACAUUUUUGGAUUAAAGGCACACGUCUACGUUACUCAUUUACAUGCAGAGUACUCCAGGGCUCAAGAUGAAUACCUGACCCACAGAAUAGUGCAGUCGUGGGAACUACUGCAGUUCGUGCGCCACACGUCCUGCGGAGCAGAUCUGGUGGUUCUGGGAGGGGAUCUGAACAUGCACCCUCAGGACCUGGGAAACCGACUCCUCAGAUCCCACACUGGGCUCAGAGACUGCUACACUGAAACAGACACGUUUGAUGGCUGUGAAGAUGGUCACACGCUAAUAGCAGACAAUCACUUCACAAAGAAGCAAGAUCUUGUUCCUUUCGAGAAGGGCAUCAGGAUUGACUACAUUCUCAUGAAGGGCUCUCAGAGAGUGAGCAUGAAGUGUGAGUCUCUUUCCACCACCAAGGGUCCAGUGGCUGAUAAACCCUUUCCUUAUUCUGACCAUGAGUCUCUGACUGCUGAACUGGCCCUCAGCAGACAGCAUGGAUCGAGCGACGCACUGGCUGCAUCAGAGCAGAUGGAUGUGGUGGCAGAGGCACGUGCGGUGGUGAAGGAAGGUCUGUGUCAGACAGAGGCCCUGCGGGACAAAGCCAUGCGUCUGAUGUUCGGCGGGCUGCUGUUACUGCUGCUGCCGCUGGCUAUGGCCUUCCUGCCCUGCUUCUGCUCCUUCAGCACGCUGGGGCUUCUGGGAGCUGUGUGCAUGAGCCUGCUCCUCUCUGGAGCUCUGCUCUACCUGCUCUUCACCACACACAUCAAAGUCCUGAAAGAGACUGAAGACCAGAUGAUGCUGACCUCUAAUGACCUCCAGACUAAGCUGGCAGGAUGUCGGCUCUCUGGAUGCCCAUCCUCAGAUGGCUCUCCGGAUCUCCAGCCGCUGAGUCCUUUUAAACGGGAAGAAUAAGGUUGACCCGUAAGAGCUGGUCCUGGAUCAGGUUUCUGUACCUCAGUGUUACAUAAUAGCUGUUAGGAUAUAACUUGAAGAGCUGAUCCGAGAUCAGUGCCCUGAGGCUAUACCUACCUCAACUCAGUGAAUAGACAGAUUAAUCAUCACAGAGCUGCUGCUCUUUUGCAUUUCAGCGAACUGAAAAUCUUCAACACUUGAAUGGAAAGCCCUGUUUAUUUCCUUGAGGGAAGUUAUUUAAUUCUGUGCUUGUCUAUGUCUGUAAAGACACUCCAAACAGUGUGCUUACUGAUAUUUUAAUGUAAUUCAAAAGAGACUUCAAUUUUUUUAAUGGUUGUUGUUGAAGUAUUAGACCACAUUUUA